AUGAAGACUGAGGGUACGAGAGAUCUUGAAGCGGGUUUGAAAUGGCCCCUUCGCCCAGUCCUGACGUCCCUCAACGCGGAUCAUUCAUGGCUUUUCAGCUUUCCCCGACCAACAAAUGACGGACACAGCCAAUACUUUUACCACAUUGUGUUUGAGCCGUGGCUAGCUGGCCCGGCGAGUGAAUUCUCGGAGUGGCUGGCACACCUCACGCCAUCGCAGGAGCCUGCCUUCACUGGCGGUGAUGCUGUGCAGAAAAAAGCUGCCGAGAUUGAACGCACAGCAGCCGAGUUGGCAAGGAAAAACGGCAGUGACGUGAGAACUGUCCAGACUAAGGGGGUUGAUGAAUAUAAUGGCCCAGUCGAUGCCAUAGUUAUCCUAUUUGACGGACCAGAUCACUGCCAUCGCGCGACGCUCGAGACUUUCGACAAACGUAUCCCGUUGGUUGCGUCCAAGGAAGUCGCAGCUAAGGUAAAGCCGUGGAAUUGCUUUGAAACUAUCUCGACGAUACACGAUCUAGACAUAUCCGGGCAAACAUGGCAGGCCGAGAAGCCUCUUUCAUCGCCGCUCCCGUCAUGGCUGACGACUUUCAAGCUGUCGGGUGAAGGGAUGCUGAACUUCAUUGGUGUCUUCAUCUGGUCGCACACCUUAGACACGGGAGAGCAGGUCCAUGAGACUAUUCUAGAAACGCCGCAUGGGACUGAGACUUUGGAGUUGGAAGAUUCCCCAAUCCGGAGCUUCCUUCGCAUGACACCUGCGAUGACGCCACUUGCUGUCUUACAUGGCCUGAAAGAGUCUUUCACCACUCGUUGGUGGCGAACUACCCAUGGUGCAGAAGCUGGGUUGAAGUUGUACCGCAAAUCAGGAAGCAAGUACUGGAUACUGACACAUGAUCUUGAACUUGAAUAUCGCGGGUUGAUACUGAGGACAAUGGUGUAUGAUAUCAGGCGCACACUGGAUUGGGCACUCAGUCGCGAAAAGGGAGCGACUGAGGCCCAGGAUGUGAACUUUGUGGAUGUUGGUAAUGGGAACUCUUUUGUCUUGGUAUAG